GAAGGGCGAGAGGGGCGAGUGAGAGAGCGCAGCGAGAGAGUGAGGAGAGGGAGAGGCGAGAGAGAAAGAGAGGCGAGGGUGUGAGAGGGCUCCACACAGGGGGUGUUAACGUUGGAGUCGGUGUUGGUGCGCUGGAAUGGACAAGCGCGCAGCACCGCGCACCGAGCGCUAGAACUCGGCCGGGAGGGUGUGUGUGGGGGGGGGUCCGAUUGAGCAGCCCCAAGACAGCGCGCCGCACGCACGAUACGCAGGCACCCUCCUCCUCCUCCUCAUCCUCCUCGCUCGCUCGCUCGGAGCGCGCGGCACGCGCAGCGAGCGCAGUGGGAGGCGACUCGGCUCAGACGCUCGGAGACGGCGCGCACCGCUGAGACGACGCCGAGAAGGGAACGGCGCAGUUCGUGCGCUCGUCUGUUCCUCGCGCGUCUGGUUCUGUUGUCGUUCAAACUCAUCCCCGACACCCCCCCCCUCUCCGCCACCCCCCCCCCCACGCUUAUACGCGCCGCGCGUGUACGCACGUGCGCGCGCGCGUGCGUGUCGCGUUCCUCGAGCCGCAACUCGUUAUCGACGACAAUAGCCGCCUUCUUGACAGUCCUCCGUUCGUUCGUUCGCUCACGUCGCCGCCGACACAGAGUGGGUCCGCCGUUAGCCCGGUGCCGCGUCCCAUCACGAUACGCGGCAUCCCUCGCCCCCCUGAGCGAGGCGAGGCGAGCGAGCGAGCGAGUCGAGUCGUGAGCAUGGCAGCGCACGGCUGCCACGAUCGUUGCGCGAUCCGCGCGGGGCUUCUGCUGCUGCUCGUCGGGUGCGCGUCCCUGCGGCCACGGACUCGGCCCCCGUGGGCUCUGCUCGCCGCCGCCGUCUUCAGCCUCGCCAGGGUCGCGCCCGUUCUCGGGCAGAACGAGACGGAGCCCAUCGUGCUGGAGGGCAAGUGCCUGGUCGUGUGCGACUCGAGCCCCUCGGUGGAGCACGCCGGAGCGGCUGGAGCCUCGUUCGGGAUCUCGGUUCGAUCCGGCAACGCCAAGGUGGCCUUCUCGGUCAUCCGGAGCACGAACCACGAGCCGUCGGAGAUGAGCAACCGGACCAUGGUCAUUUACUUCGAUCAGAUCCUUGUGAACCACGGGGCGAGUUUCGACGCUGAGCGGAGCAUGUUCGUCGCUCCGCGGAAAGGGAUCUACAGCUUCAAUUUCCACGUCGUCAAAGUGUACAACAGGCAGACGAUACAGGUCAGCCUGAUGCUCAACGGGUGGCCCAUCAUCUCGGCGUUCGCUGGGGACCAGGACGUGACGCGGGAGGCGGCGAGCAACGGCGUCCUGCUGCUCAUGGAGAAGAGCGACCGCGUCUACCUGAAGCUCGAACGGGGCAACCUCAUGGGCGGCUGGAAGUACUCCACCUUCUCGGGGUUUCUCGUCUUCCCGCUGUGAAGGGAGAUCGGAGGGCAGUUUUUGGUUUUUUUUGCUUGGUGGGGAGGUGGUGGUGGGGGGGUGCAAGGCAAGUGGGUGUGGUGGGGGUAGAGUGGCUGGCCGUGUGUGUGUGUGUGUGCAGUCGGGGGCAGGGCGGGGGGAGAUGUGAAUUUAGUUUGAGAGCUGGCAGGGAGAUGGAGGGCUCUCCAAUGGGGCCAUUGCCGUCUGGUCUCUCCUCCCGAGCUACAAGCGUCAAAGCGUCGCUGCGCGUACAGCGAGCGGUGUAAGAGACUCUGCGGCAGCACGCAAAGUGCGCGCCUUCCAAGCCCAUCUCCCCGAUAUUCGAUGUGCACCCGUGCGGAAGGUUUUUUUUUUUAGUUUGUUGUUGUUGAAUUUUCGUUGAAAAAAAAAUGAUAUACAAGUUAUUAUUCAACAUUUACUGUCCUCAUUGCAGUAUUUAUCUUUGGCCGUGCAUACUAUACACGACACGGGGACUUGACAGUGCACAAACGCAAACAGAAUUUGAGUUGUGCCGAUGAGGCCGUGGAUCUGCAAAGCUUUCCCCUCCCCACUUGAUGUCCAAGAUGCCACGAUGGCAAAGCGCGAAGACAACAGCAACAACAACACAGCAGCAACAACGCAUCCCACACGCGCGGAUGCUGAGCGCGCAGAGGACAAUUCAACUGACGCUCCUGUAUUGAGGUCUCUUUGGUCGUUUGUUCGUGUUAUGAUACGUACAGUACAUAAAUAUGUAUAUGUAAUAGUGUGUGAGCCAUCGAACGCAGAUUUGAUAUUCGCUUUGCAAGAUCGUGGGCAUCGUUAAAAUCUAUUGAAAUGAACGGAACGCAAACAAAAAAAUAAAACCCGAAUAAAAAAGCCGUAUUUAAAACUAAGGAGUCGUUCUAAGAAAACACAUUCCUGUGAUCAUGUAAGUGUUUAUCGUGAGCUACGAUGUCAUACGCGUUCUCGUGUCCCCCCCCCCUUCACUCUCCCUCGACCGCUCACCCCUCGCACGCCUUGCCUCUCUCACGCUCACAGCUCCCCCACGCGCGCCACGUUCGCCUCGCCUGACCCCAAGAUCCCUGACCCCAAGAUCUCUGACCCCAAGAUCCCUGACCCCAAGAUCCCUGACCCCAAGACCCCUUGACCCCAAGAUCCCUGACCCCCAAAACCGCUCCGCCUCGCCUCUGAACCCGCGCGCAUCACGGCAGCGAAGAGGUGGUUUGUUUCGGUUGUUUUUCGUUGACUCACACAAUUGCGAGGCGUGUAGACACAGAGGCGAGCAAUGUGUGCUGGGUCCACGGACUUGUACAACGAUUCACGAAUACAGAACAAUGUAACUGCAUCCCCCCCCCCCCGCUUCCCCCAUCGCCCGGCCUAUGUUGGCAACACUCAAGUUUCAUUGCCAUUGAGAUCCCGGCACGAAAAUGUGCGUAAUUUAGACCCUCCAAUUUUCAAAGAAAACUGCGAUUUGGUUUUUUAGAAGGGUAACGCGCAUUUCAUAGGAAGAUUUAAAUUAUGAUAGUUUACCGUAAUUAAGAUUAACAUUAAAGGCGAAUUGUUCUAAGCACAUUCGAUUGUGCUAACCCAAUAUUUUUAGUUUUUGUAAUUUUUUAUUAAAUUGUCACCCGUAUUUUUUUAAAGCUUCAGUUUAUUUUUGUUUGUUACCUGCAGAAUCGCAAACGAGCGCACGCACGCAUGCACUCGCGUGCGUACCUGCAGCGAAUUGAUUAAUACGCGAAUUUCCCAGAUGCAAUGUUGAUCAAAAAAUAGAUCACACGCUGCGAAACGGAGCAAACAGCAAGUGCCAGGCACAUUUCCCCAUGAGAAAAUCAUCCCCCCCCUCCCUGUCCCCACCCCCCCAACUCUUCAGCAAUUACACGGUUAUUUUGUCGUUACUGUAUCUGUGUAAAUGCGACCCUUUAUGUGUACACCCGCAUGAGAACAAAUUUAAACUAUAAACUUUUUUUUAUUUCAACAAGUAAGGCCCACUGAGCUAUAUAGCUCUUGUCAGAAGUGAGCUGACCACAGAUGAUAGCCCAAUUCAGUGGCUUAUCAUGCGGACAAUUAAAUCAGUCAAAUACUCCAAACGCACGUUUCUAAAUGUGGAGGGAAAAGCCGGAGGAGCCGGAGAAAAAUCCACGCGACCACAGGAGUGAACACGCAAACUCCAAAUAUACAGCAGCACGCGUCAAGGUCGGGAUCUAACCCACGACCUCCUGUAGAGCAGGCGAGGUAAGUUAAUAUCUCCUAGCCACCGUGACGUGUCGCGUUCAGGAUGCUUCGAAGUCUCAAGCUGUAAAAUUGAUCAACAUUGGCCCUGGCGCUAAUGCGCUUCUGAACUCUUUUUCGCUUAAUUCAUCCAUUUUUAAAUCCUUUAUAUUAAGUUCACUUGCUUGCUUGCUUGCGCGCUUACGACCGUGCAAAUCUUUCGGUCGUUUUUUAUCCCACUUCCCGUGAUCCAAUCGAGCUGACAUUUUGCACACAGACUCGUUGUGCGUGACAAUUUAUUUUCGUGAAAUUUUUUCUCUCCUAAAUCUUACACUUUUUAGGAAAAAAUAAAUUUCAUAUUUAAUUUAAAAUACCAAUGUGAUAAAAAUGAAACUCUUACUCAAGAAAAACAGAAAUGAAUAAUAAAAUAAAACCGAUGCUACGCAUAUAAAGGAUUUAUAGUGAAAAACGUUGUUUUUACGGGUUAAUUUUUUAAAAUUGCAUUUCUCCAUCUCCACCACACAGCAGCUUUCGCUCCGCUGCGUAGCCCUUCCACACACGAGUUGUGUGCACGACGCCUGUACAAGCACUCGUCGUUGUCGCCUUCGUGUCGGCAAUUCUGAUCGCAGUGCCAUUGAAAAGCUACUUCCUCUCGAAGCUAUGCCUUUCGCGUAUCCCAAUGGAGUGCAAUUACCAAUUGCUGUUAAAGGCCAUUUGAAAACUGAUCUUGUGAACGCCGGCCCGAUGUUAACGUACAACACAUCUAUGCUGUAGAUAUAAACAAACAUACUAUAGUGCUGUAUAUAGAAACUUUAAUCUAUAUAUAGGCAGCAUCGAAUGUCUUGUACAGAUCUGUAUGUGCGGUAUAUUGGUCUGUAUGUGUGAAUUAAGACAACGUAUGUAUGACACAUAUACAGAUAUUAUAUAGGCAUACAGUUUAUGUAUAUAUAGAGUCGAUGGUGUGUGGGUGGGCUGGUGUGCAGGGCUAUACACUAUGUGUGUCUAAACGCUAACGCUCAAGAACCCUGGUGUUUAUUUUUAAUGGCAUAGGCAUAUACACAUAGAGAUGAAGACUCCCCGUAUAGCCUUAACAGACUGUUGGGGCAAGUGCAGUUAGCGAGCACCUAUGGCGCCGGUACUACACAUGAGGGCGUGGGCGGCCAGCACCUCGCCCCACCGUUUUCUGUGGCGAAUAUCUGAACCGGGCCUGGGCCUCCACUAGGUCGACUCAACCUUAAACGAGUUCUUGGUGCGGUGUGUAAACAUCACUGGGGAGACAAAGGCGUUUCGGGCGUGAUAUUGGCCAUCCACCCCCCCCCCCCGCUCAAGUGCCGUGCCAGCCUUUCAUAGGUGCUCACCCAACAGCACCUGCCCCAACAGCCUAUGUAAGGCCAUACGGAUGGGACCUUACGCCUCUAUAGCACAUACGCACAUACAGACAUACACACGCGCGCGCGCGUUUCUGUUGCAUUGCAGGUGUGUGUCGAGGAGUGCGAUGGCGGCAGAUUAAAGAGACGA